AUGUCUUGCAUUUUUUCCGCUGACUUGGGAGUAGAGUACAGCUGCGCGGAGUCGCGUAUUACAAAUCUUGUACUUUGCAUUCUGUGCAUACGUGAGGAAAAAGCAGCACCUGUUGUGAAAAAAGAUAAAUUUCUUUUUUUCAUUUUUCUAUCCUCAAAGGAAAAUCUUUUCUGCGAAAUUUCUAGCCGCUCUUCAGUUUCCGAAGUAAAGUCGCUGAGGGCGAAAAACAACUUUAUUUGCCCACACGCUGUUAUAGGCUUCCAGGGAGCAAAAGCGCAAUUGGGAAUAAGGUUUCCUCAAUUGAAUGGUUUGCUUCGCCUACAGCAUUAA